AAGAGGAGGAGGAGGAGGAGGAGGCUGCGCUGCGAUCAGAGGAAACUAGAGCCGCGACGUUGGCGCAAACUACGGAAAAAGUUUAGGAAAAACCAGCAGGACAAGCGCGGGUGUGACACACCCUCAUCCAGCACGGACCCACGGUUAGUUACGCCCAGAUCCUUCCACCCCUGUGCGGGGAUUUUCCUUCUCUCUUUUGGUGAGAUAUGAUCAAGAUAUGAGAAGGAGCUCGGUUUGACACCGUCAGCGUUAUGACGGGAUUAUUUCUCAGCCAAAUCCACGCGAAGUAGCCGGAGAGCGUAAAAAGGACCGAAGAACCACUGGAACAGUGGUAUUUUGAAAUUCCCGGUGGCCCAAGAAAGAGCAAAAGCAACCCUAGCCGUCCUGGAGUUGGGCCGUUUGAGGCUGAAGGGUGUGUGGGCGUCCACUUCCAAGCAGCCAAUGAUCUUCCCUUCACUUCCAGCUCUGUAACAAUGCAGAAUGUUGGCAACAUGCUUUUCACCUGCCGGAAAGCAACCGUUCUCUGUGUGAUGAUGAUUCUCAACAUCUUCAUCUGUCUUUUGAUGGGCCUGUCGUGGAAACUAAAGGUUGACUCAAGUGGCCAUCAGAAGGUUCAGAUCCCAACCAAGAGGUUUUGGCACCCACAAACUCCGAGUAGGUCCUUCUGGAACAAGGAGCAGAGGCGGCUGGACAUAAUUCACAACCCUGUCCUCAUGUCUGCCAACUCCCCCGAGAUGCUGCAGGAUUGGCUGAAUGACACAGGACCAGCUGACCCUUGUGAACUAGAUUACAGAGUUCCCGAGCAAAUCUUGGACUACAGCACCCUGCCGCAGCGGUUCCAGGACUUUCUUCUGUAUAUGCGCUGCAGGACAUACCCAAUGCUGAUAAAUCAGCCCCACAUCUGUAAGGAAAAGCCCUUCCUGUUGCUGGCGGUCAAGUCGCUGAUCCCUCAUUUUGACCGUCGGCAGGCCAUCCGUGAGACAUGGGGACAAGCUGGCGUUGUGGCCAAUCGGACUGUGGUGACUGUGUUCCUGCUUGGCAACACCCUGCCAGUAGACAACUUCCCAAAUCUUCAGGAGAUGCUGAACCAUGAAGCGAAGCUUCAUGAAGACUUACUUCAGUGGGACUACAGGGACACCUUCUUCAACCUCACCAUAAAGGAGGUCCUCUUUCUGGACUGGUUCAGCAAACACUGUCCUCAAGCUAUGUAUGUCCUAAAAGGUGAUGAUGAUGUCUUUGUCAACACCUUACGGAUUAUUGACUUCCUGGGCGGUGUGUUGGAGGCUGAUGCCAAAGAUUUUUUCAUAGGGGAUGUUAUAAGUAACGCAGGUCCACACAGAGACCAGAGACUUAAAUACUUCAUCCCUGAGAGUGUGUUUGAGGGGGAGUACCCCCCCUAUGCUGGGGGAGGAGGAUAUCUGUUCUCUGGUGGGUUAGCAAUGCGUCUUAACAACAUAUCUCAGCGGGUGGCCUUGUAUCCAAUUGAUGAUGUCUACACAGGGAUGUGUCUGAAAAAGCUCGGCCUGGUUCCUCAGAGGCACGAUGGAUUCAAGACUUUUGACGUUGAGGAGAAGUACAGACACAACCCCUGCAUCCACAGGGGCUUGAUGCUGGUUCACAGCCGGACGCCGCAAGAGAUGCUGCGAACCUGGCCGUGGAUUGUCCACCCCGAGCUGGACUGUCAGUGAGCUCCUCGUCAUGACUGCUUUCUGGAGUCUUCUAACAUUUACCUGCAUGAUUUUAAAAUGAUCCAAAUCAUUUCAGGGCUCUCAAAAGAGUUUGAUUUGAUGCUGUUUCCUUUUCCUCAAACUGUAUUUGGUGAGUCCUUGAAAUUCAAAAUUUUACAUUCAGAUUUAUUGGCUUUCCUAAACUGGAAGAUUAUUAUUUUUGUUCCUGAACAAAUAAGAAAGAUAAGGCUCGGUUUUUCUGCCAGUGUUCUCGUGACCUGAAUAAAUCAA